CCAAAUACAUAACAACAGCUCGCAAAUGGAGGCACAUGCACGUAACCAGAAGAUAAUCAUACAAAAUCAGAUGAUCCUCAAUACCAACCAACAGCAGCAGCAGCAACAGCAACAUGCUGCUGGCGGCAAGAAAGCGGCCAGGAAGCACCACCAACAGCAGCAGCAGCAGCAGCAACAGCAGCAAGCACAGACCAGCGCGCCUAUGUACAACAAUAAUAAUAAUAAUAGCAGCAGCCAAAACAACAACAACAACAACAACAUCGGCAACAGCGUCGCCCAUCAGGGACAUGAAGUGUCAGUGCCCGUCUCGCACAUCAUUGCCAACUCCCCAACGGCGGCCACUUACAUUCAGGCCCAACUGACUGGUCUACACGCCGGCAACACCAUCGGCGUCAAUGUUGGCGAUGCUGCCGGCAACAUGAACGUGCCCAUCGUCACCUACAACGGCAAUCAGUAUUGCGUUAUAACCCGUGCACCGGACUCCGAUGGGAUUGCCAUGCAGAAGCCGCUCGAGUAUGGCCAGGCCGCCACAGCCAACAUAAUUGUCAUGUCGCCGAUGCUGCCCCCGCAGCAGCAGCAGCAACAGCAGCAGCAGUAAACGAGUCCCGACAUGAUUUGCUCAUUAAGUGUUGCGAAAAUGAUGCGGAAAAUUUCAUCAGGCUCGAGGCGUUGGUGGCGUUGCUUCAUUAGCCAGGCCCCUGAAUAUUGAUGUUGGAUAUCGAUUUAGAUAUUGGCAGUUAAUGGCGCCUCAUAACUGGUAUUUGGCAAUGCGAUGGGAGAAAGGUAGCCAGCCGCAUUGCUGGCCAGGUAAAUGGAUAAGAAAGUGCGCUGCCCCAGGAUCCGUCUUCAAGUUUACAAUUAGCCUCUCAGCUCACAAGCAGCUCUAAAUACAAAUUGUAAAUAAAGUUUUUAAAAAACAACAAAAUAACUUAACAAAAAAAGACACAAAAAAAGCAAAGAAAACCAAAAUGCAAUUUAAGAACACCUAAGUAUAUGUUUAAUUCUAAGCGAAAAAAGUAAAAACCAAAAAUUAAAAAAAUAAACCAUAUGCCAGCCGAGAGAAGUUUU